AACGAAGAAGACUCUUGUCGCUACAGACCGGAAGAAGUGGAAAAGCUUCUAGAAAGGUUUUGAGUAUCAGGCUGUCAUCGUGUGUAGGGAGGUGAUUUAUUAAAACGAAUUUCUUCUUAGACGCUUGUCCUGUACUAAACCAUGGGAACUGAUAGAAGGAUUAGUCGUAGUGAACGUACUGGAAGAUAUGGUUCUGAUGGACGCAAACACGAUCCAGAGUGGUAUGGAAAACGAAGCAGAGAUGUGGAAAAGGAUUAUGAUCGGCGCUGGGUCCAUGAUAGGUACAAAGACUAUUGUGAUGAACGCAGGGACCGAGACAGUCCAGAGAGGGGCCGAAAACGACGCAGCAGCAGCAGAUCUGAUGAUGAAUAUGAUGGUGAAUAUCUAGAGCAGGACUACAAAAUGGAGCAGGAGGAGGAGGAGGAGAGCAAAACCAUAAUGCUGAGGGGGCUCCCUGUACAUGUCACGGAAGAUGAUAUCCGUACAGCUCUGGAGCAGCUACAGGGACCACAGCCUGUGGACAUACGUUUGAUGAAGAAAAGGACAGGUAUAAGCCGAGGUUUCGCCUUCGUGGAGUUUUAUCACUUGCAAGAUUCUACCCGAUGGAUGGAGACCAAUCAGAACAAGUUGGUGAUCCAGGGGAAAACCAUCGCUGUGCAUUACAGCAACAGGAAGCAGAAGUUUGAAAACUGGCUUUGCAAUGCUUGUGGUCUGUACAAUUUUCGGAAGAGGCUGAAGUGUUUCAGGUGUGGCACGUCAAAAGUUGGUGAGUCUACUGGUGUAAAUGGUUUAAAUGUUGAGUCUCAACAGCCGGGAGAAUACAGUGGAGACACGAUCAUUUUGAGGAACAUUGCCCCUCUCUCUACUGUUGAUGGAAUUUUGAACUUACUGGCACCGUACGCCAACCUGUCCACCAACAACGUCCGCCUCAUCAAAGACAAGCAAACGGGACAGAACCGAGGCUUCGCCUUUGUCCAGCUCUCAUCCCCGCUGGAGGCUUCUCAGCUGCUCACCAUUCUCCAGAGCCUUCAGCCACCUCUGAAACUGGAUGGGAAAACAGUCGGCGUGGAUUUUGCCAAAAGUGCUAGAAAAGACUCAGUGCCGCCUGAGGGGAUCAGAGCCAGCGCUCUCUCUGUUGCCAGCACAGCCAUUGCUGCUGCUCAGUGGUCAUCCAGUCAGUUGCAGCAAAGCUCGGGUGCAGCUUCAGAUCAGAUUGUUUUUCCAGAGAGUUAUGCAAACAUGUGGCCACAGCAGCCUGAAGGACUGGUUCCUGUCGUUGGAGAUGGAUUACUUGGAGCGGCUCCAGGAAUGGCGUCUGUGAUCCCUGCAUCUACAGCUGUGGUCAUAUCCCAGGCAGCUCAGGUCUACCAGCCCGUCAUAAUCAGUCAGCCUGCUGUUCAGACACAUCCACUAGCUGUUGCAGCACAACAGGCUGCUAGUGUUUGCACCACAUCACUCACAACACCAGCAUCUUCCACUGUUGCAGCAACGAUCUGUGCCGGGCCGACUGCUAACACAACAGCUGUCCCCGACACCUCCACGUACCAAUACGAUGAGUCUUCAGGUUACUAUUACGAUCCACAGACUGGCCUGUACUAUGAUCCUGGCAGCCAAUACUACUAUAACUCAGAGAGUCAGCAGUACCUUUACUGGGACAGCGAGAAGCAGGCGUACAUCCCUGCACUGAGUGAAUCCGGCACAAACACAGAACAAGCGUCCACAGCGAGCUCUGCAGCCACCUCCUUAACCACAGGCGGUAAAGAGCCCAAAGAGAAGAAAGAAAAGCCCAAAAACAAGUCUGCACAACAGAUUGCAAAGGACAUGGAGCGUUGGGCAAAAAGCUUAAAUAAGCAAAAAGAAAGCAUUAAGAGUACUGCCCAAGGGUUAGGAUCUUUUAAGGAUGAAGACAGAAAAGAGUCUGCGGCUGCAGAUGCAGGUUUCUCCCUCUUCGAGAAGAAGCAGAUCGGAAGCUUUGAGAUGCCGUCCCUCAUGACUGAACAAAUCAAGCUCGAGGUUGAGAUUUCGUCUAAGAGUGAUUUGGUCGCUGCCUACAAUGGGGACAGCGACCCAGAUGACAACGGCUCAGACCGAGCAGCGGAUGAGGAGGGGAAAAUGACCGACUGGAAGAAGAUGGUGUGUCUGCUGUGUCGGCGGCAGUUCCCCACCAAAGACGCUCUGCUGCGUCACCAGCAGCUCUCUGACCUACACAAGAAAAACUUGGAAAUUCAAAGAAGAGCUAAGCUUUCAGAAACGGAGCUGGAAGAGCUGGAGAGGAAGGAGGCUGAGCUGAAAUACAGAGAUAGAGCUGCAGAAAGAAGGGAGAAGUAUGGUAUUCCUGAACCUCCUGCACCUAAAAAGAAAUUUUACAAAGCACCAAGCCCAACAGUAAACUUUGAGCAGCCCACUAAAGACGGUUUAACAAGUGAUAAUAUCGGGAGCAAGAUGUUACAAGCGAUGGGCUGGCAGGAAGGUAAAGGUCUGGGACGUCACCAACAAGGCAUCACCGUUCCCAUCUCGGCUUCAUUAAGGACCAAAGGCACCGGUCUGGGCAUUAAAGGAAGCUCAUAUGAACUCUCACCAUCUGACACCUACAAGGAUGCUGUGCGUAAAGCCAUGUUUGCACGCUUCACAGAGAUAGAGUGAACUGUGGAGAAAGGUGAUUGCGCUGUGCUCUGAAAUCUUUAUCAUGUGGACAAAGGAUUUGGACACAUAACAUACCAGGAGAUUUUUCCACCUGUACAAACUUUUAACUGGAAUUUGUCUUGUUCGUUUAGGGAAAAUUUGGCUUUUUAUAAAGCUAGAUUUGUUUGUUUUCAGUGCACUUUACAUGUACAUUUUGUAUAUUGUUUGUACAUAAAAACUUAUGUAGAACAUCUGAAGCUUUGUUUUGUGAGAACCUCUAAGAGUCAGUGUGAUUAAAUAAACCUGCACAAACAA